AGACAUGACGAGCGAGUCCAGGGAUCCGGUCCGAGGCGUCCUGCCGGCUGAUGAUGAGGAGUUUGUGGACAUCCUGGAGGAGCGGAGGCGCGGCAGUGACCUGGGCUUCACCUUCCGGACCUUCAGCCCUCCGAGCCGACCGGCCGCCUCCUGUUCCACCGCUGAGCUCAACCGGGCCGUGAUGGACUCCCAGUUCCUGCGAUACGUCACCAGAGAGGUCGCCAUGGAGACGGGGUCGCCGCCGGAGACGGUGAUGGACGAGGCCCGGGGGAUUCUGGAGGAGAUGUCUCAGAACCUGCAGCUGGGCUUCAUCAGGCUGAUGGGAUUCACGCUGACCAAAGUGUUCAAGAAGCUCUUCAGAAGCAUCUACGUCAACAUGGACGGACUGAACACGGUCAGAACCCAUCAGAACCCAUCAGAACCCGUCACUACUGAUCAAUACACAGACCCGUUGGUUUCUGCAGGUCCAGGGAUGAUGCAGAUGGUCCUGGAGCCUUUCUUCAAAGGGGAAGUGUUCGACAUCACGCUGGUCCCCGUCAGCAUCAGCUACGACCGAGUUCUGGAGGAGUCUCUGCUGGCCCACGAGCUGCUGGGCGUCCCCAAGCCCAAGGAGAGCACGGCGGGUCUGCUGAAGGCCACCAGGGUCCUGCAGGAGGACUACGGCUGCAUGCACGUCAACUUUGGUCGUCCUCUGUCGGUCCGACGGCUGUGUGAAGGAAAGGUCGACCGCUGCCAGUUCAACCUGACGCCCAGAGAUCUUCCUCAGCCGCCCUCUGCGGAGGUCCAGGCCUGUGUGAGCUGGCUGGCCCACCUGGUGGUCCGGGUCCAGGAGGAGGGCUCUGUGGUCGGGGUCUGGUCCCUGAUGUGCUGCCUGCUGCUGCAGAACCCGACCUCGGCGCUGACGGAGGACGGCCUGCCGUGGCAGCAGCUCUGCGACCGGACCGUGUGGAUCAGGAGGCUGGCGCUGGACUGUGGAGCCCGACUCAGCUGGCCCGGAAACGUCUCUGCGUCGGACGUGAUGUCGGCCACCGCCGCCCUGCAUCGCUCCGUCGUCCAGCGCAGAGGGGGGCGUGUCUACCUGGUCCUGGGGGAGGAGCCUCCGAGGAAGCAUCCAAUCGGCGCGGAGGAGGGCGUGAUGCGGACGGCGGCGGCGGUGCUGAUGCUGGCGUCCUACAGGAACCAGUCGCUGCACGUCUUCGUGCGCCCGGCGAUGCUGGCGGCGGCGCUACGCGUCACCAGGAGCAGCCGGACAGACGAGCUGCUCAGCUUCUUCUGCUUCCUGCAGGACAUCUUCUCCCACGAGUUCAUCUUCAUCCCCGGCAGGUCGACUCAGGACUUUGAGGAGGCCUGUUUCUACCUGAAGAAAUGCUCAGCAGUGAACCUCAGUGACCAGGAGGUGACGGUCUCGGACUCGGGGCUGGAGGUGUUGUCCUUCCUGCAGAAGCUGCUGCAGCCCUUCAUAGACUCCUACCAGCUCGUGUUCAGGUUCCUUUGUGAAGACGGACCUCAUGUGUUCACGGAGAAGCAGCUUCUACCUGCAGUGCGCCAGUUUGCUACGAAGCUCAUUCUCUCAGGCGAGCUCGACACCUACGAGGCGUUGUCGUCGGACACCCAGAAGAACGUCCUGCUGGCCCUGAGGAGGCUCCGGGCGCUCACCAAGUCCAGGGCGUCUGAGCAGAACGAGUACAGAGUGAACCGAGAAGCUGUGAGGAGAGCUGCAGACGUCCUCGCCGGGAAAAUCCCUCCCCAGAUGCUCCAGACGACGCCUGACGCCAGACUUUAGUCCGAGUUGGAGCGGGUCCAUCCUCGGCCCUGCUUUCGCCCGACUUGACCCUCGUCUUCGGCCCAACCUGCGCUCUGAGCCCUCAGACGCCUCCUCCUGGACGUCCAGUCUUAACCCGUAGCGGCCCAAAGGCGGCGGUACCGGUUCUGUUUUGGUGUAUUUAGAUCAAAACAAGAAAGUUUGCUGGCGUCUGAGCUGUAACUUUAACAGGUCUCACUGUGUUUAACAUGCCCCUCAUUAUUAACUCCGAGUGAAUGAACACGAAUGCACUUUCUAACAACUGUGAAUCUAAACAGCAACAACUGAAUGAUGACACUUGAUUGUAUGUAAAUUAAUGCAGCAAUAAAAAAAAAAGAAAACAUGA